AUUGAAUCAGCGCUGAGCCCCGUCUUGGCCUUCCCUUGGUCGUCAUCGCCCAUCCCAAACCUCGAACUGUUCAACCGUGGCUCGGUGCGACGACAGCUACACUACGGCCAUGCCUGGCUUAUCAUAGACCGGUUUUCCACGUAAACCACAUUCCUUUCAAUGCCCUGAGCCCGUCGUCUUACCGACUCCCGACUCCCGACUCCCGAUUCCCGGCUCCCGACUCCGCUCCGCCUCAGUGGCUCCCCGACAUAGCUUCCGACAUCCCUUCCGACAACCGCCCCCGUUCCUCUGCGUCGCUUUCCCGCUGUCAUUGCUGCGUCGACUCCCGAUCGAGCCCCGAGCUUUGUAGCUGCCUCUGGACACACCGCCUUUCUCGUCUAGAUUCCCCAGACAAAAACCGCCUCAUGGCUUCGUACGGCCAGGCAGUACCUCCAUCGGCGCAUCGGCCUGCAAACUAUGCAGCGCCCUACGCAGCGCCCGCCUCUAUGGCUCCCCCUGCUGCGCCUGCUGGCACCUUCUCGCCGGGCACCAAGAUCCAGGUUGGGAAUCACCGGGUGGUGAUCCAGAAAUACCUUUCCGAGGGCGGCUUUGCGCACGUCUACCUGGUCAAGCUGCAGACGCCGGUCAAUGGGACGGAUCAAGCCGUGUUGAAGCGGGUGGCGGUGCCGGACAAGGAGUCGCUGCGAGGCAUGCGCACCGAGGUCGAGACCAUGAAGCGGCUCAAGGGCCACAAGGCCAUUGUGACAUACAUCGAUUCCCACGCCUCGGAACUGCGCGGUGGUGGAUACGAGGUCUUCCUGCUAAUGGAGUACUGCAACGGCGGCGGCCUCAUAGACUUUAUGAACACGCGCCUGCAACACCGCCUAACCGAACCUGAAAUCCUCAACAUCUUCGCCGAUGUUGCCGAGGGCGUCGCCUGUAUGCAUUACCUCCGCCCGCCGCUGCUGCACCGCGACCUGAAGGUGGAGAACGUGCUCAUAACCAUGGUCGGGUCCACCAGGAAGUUCAAGCUCUGCGACUUUGGCUCUGCGGCUCCGCCGCGGCCCGCUCCCACCACCGUCGUCGAGUGCCGCCUGAUGGACGAGGAUGUUCAGAAACACACGACCAUGCAAUACAGGAGCCCUGAGAUGAUAGAUGUCUACAGGAAGCAGCCUAUCGACGAGAAGUCCGAUAUCUGGGCGCUUGGCGUCCUGUUGUACAAGCUGUGCUACUACACCACGCCUUUCGAAGACCAGGGCCAGCUUGCCAUCUUGAAUGCCAGCUACAAAUUUCCCAGCUACCCCGUAUUCUCGGACAGAUUAAAGGGGCUCAUUGGCUGGAUGCUGCGCGAGAAUCCGCAGCUUAGACCCAAUAUCUACCAGGUUCUCCGGGAGGCUUGCGCCAUGCAAGGCCGGGAGCCUCCAGUCAAAGAUAUUUAUUCCGGAAGACCACAGGUAGACCAGCAGCGAUUAGAACAGCCUCAGCAGGAUCCUCGUUCACCGCCAACGGUAGGAGCCGUCUUCUCCCCGCAGGCAGUCCAGCAGCAACAGGUGAUCCCUGAGGUUGAGCGCAUGAGACGGGGUAGAUUGCCCGCCGCACAGUCUUCACCCCAGCCGAACCGCCCAAAUCCGUCCCCUGGCAAAGUCACCAAUGGCGACCCGUUCGCUGCCCUUGACGCCAGACCUUCGACGCAAGGCGGCGACGAGCUCUCGUCAAGGUUUCCGACACUGGAUCAAUUUGCACUGCUACACGACAAGGGGCAGAAGUUUGAUUUUGACUCUGGUUCGUCUGUACCGUCUCAACAAACCAAGGAUCUCAGUCAGAGAGUCGCGGAAAGAUUGGCGGAUGAGGCCUUCCAAGUGAAAACCUCUCCAGCCCCCGUCCCUGCGCAAGCGAGCCAGAGACAGUCUGUCGACGCGAAAAGGGCGAAUGUGUACCCGACGACGACCUCUGACCCGUCCCUUGUUUCGCCCCCUCUCAAAUCCACCUCUGCACCCCCAAAACACCCGGAGAUAAGUCGUGCCUCCGCAAUCAUUUCGAGCAGCCCCGAACUGCGAGCCAUCUCGUCUCAGGCUUCGCAGCCACUAUACCAGCCGACUCCCAAGCCAGUCAUGGUCUCAACGGGAACCAUGACGUCUCCGAUUCCGGACCAACCUCCACAGUUCCAAGUCCAACGGUUCCCGACCUCAGAGCGCCACCGUGCAGCAAGCCUGCCAAGAUCACCUGUAACCGCGACUGCGCCUUCUGCGCUUGGUGAUGGAGCAAUGACAUCACGGACAGGUGCGCGAACGACAUCGUUCCAAGGCUCUAUGCCAUCAGCACACACGCGUUACCCGUCCUCUUCGCGGCCGUCGUUGGAAGGCGGACGGCCGAGCCUGGAGCCUCUAGAUACUUCCAAAACGAAGCCACGGGUCGUUUCGAAGCCUAGGCCAAUUAGCACGCAUCUGGAAUCCAAUCUUGCCUUUCUCAGAGAGCGGGAAUCAAACCCGAGACCGUCAAUUUCCCCAGGCUUGCCAUCACCAGGUCACUCGAGAGAAAAGAGCCUGCCACCUUCUCCUACCGGCGACGACGAGCGGAACAUUGAGUCCAACGUCGAGUUCCUCCGGUCCUUGGAGGAUUCUGACCAGAAGAAAAGGGAGCGAGGCUCAAAACAUAUGAAACGUGGCAGCUUGUCCUCGCUCAGCGCUGGGGCCAAAGGCAUUCUCUCCGGCAAAUUCGGCGACGCCUUCAAGCGCUUCGAGGGCAAUUCGAGUGGCCCGCCUGGCCCACGCACGCCAUCUCCCCUGAAGGAUCUGGAACGGCGCGAGCUCACGCCCAUCGCCGGCUCCGAAACCAUGGACGGCCGCAGCGACGACGGACAGGUGCGUGAUCUGCUAGAGGACGACGGUGAAUACCUGACUCCAGAGAUGCGCCGCGAGAAAGAGGCGCGCAUGCUCGCGCAGGAGGAGGCCCGCGUCGCCGCCGCCCAGGCCGAGUACCGGCAGCGUCUUGCUGCGGGUUCUGCAGCUGGUGGAGGCGGUGCUGGCGCCGGCGUUGGCGCUGGUCAGACGCCUCUGCCCAAGAGUAUCGGCGGCGUGUCCCGCGCGAUCUCCAUCCAGAAUAAAGUCCAGAGCUUGAUCGACGAGAGCAAUCGGUCCUCGGCCGGCGUGACACGCACGGCCCAGGGAUAUGGGCACUACGCGGAUUCGGCUCAUGUCCGGUCGUCGCAGGCUGGCGGUGGCGGUGCUGGUGGUGACGGUCGGCCGCCGGUGCCGAGAAAGCCUGGUGUUGCGCAGGUUACCGGGGGUACUAGUAGGGGUGCUGUUGCUGGCCAGCAGCAGCAGCAGCAGCGUCCCGCCGUGGAACCAUCCGCCACUGGGCGCACGACAGCCAGUACUGCGGCUGCGGCGGGUCGGCCCAUGGCCCCGCCAAAACCGACGCGUCUCGGCAUGAACCCCACGGCUGGCGGCGGCGGCGGCGGUGGUGGGAACCUCGCUGCGGGCGGACGAGCUGGCUCGCCGCCCAAGACUCAGAACCAGAACUUGCCGCUGCUGCCCGCAAACAGGACGGCUGCUGGGCUAGGGAUCUCUGUGCCUAAAAUCCGGCCCGCUGGCGGUAUUGGUGGUAGCGGCAGUGUUGGUCCCGAUGCUGCCGGGACCGAGGCGCUGCUUGCCGUCGACCUGCCCGGCCAGGGGCCGACUCUGUUGGAGAUGACGGCUGCGGAGAAGGAUGACUAUAUCAGCAAUUUCCAAAAGAGGUAUCCCAGUCUCAGCGCGAUUGAAAUGGUUGAGAGGGAUUUGGCUGCUGAGGAGGCCCAGGGGCGGAGGUAGUAAGCUCUAGUGUGUCGUUUCUGCCAAGGCUGUGUGCCCAAAGGAAGGGAAGGGCCAUUGCUUGGAGUGGAACAUACCGGUGAGACGAGCUACGGCAAUACAAGGGGCGGUUCGAAUCAAUCAAAAUAAAAUAAAAUGAAUAGACGUAAUGUGGUGGUGUGAGGUAUUGUAGGAAGCUAGUAGAUGUGGGUGGUGUCUGAUAUGUGGUAGCUGCUUAGCUUUUCGCAUUGCUUGCGGCUCGGUUUUGAUAUCCAUUAUUAUACUACCCAGACAUACAUAAAGCAUAGCAUAGACAAAUCAGGCUGGCGAGCCAGGGGUUGGAUUUCCGCAGCGGU